UGCACUUUGGGUGUGUCUUUCUUUAUUGUUAUGAAGUUGCAUAAUGAUUUAUUGGGAUGGGUUUGUUUGCUUUUUUUUUUUUUUCAGCAGUAUUGAUUUUACUAGAUGGAUUAUUUUCUGCUUUAAAGGGUUAGGGUUUUAUCCAUUUAUUUGCACUUGCAUGGGGAGAUCUCUUCAAGACCCAUCAGUCAGUGUCUGCAGAUGCGGCAUCAUCAUGAUUCACAAACUAGGUAAGGGCUUUUUAGGAGGCCAGGUGGUGGCAUACCACAAUCACCUCCUUUACUUGAAAGUUUCCUUUCAUAUUAAUGGGAAUCUUGAUGAUGCUGCAUCAGCAAACAUUUUGGCUACUCUCACUGUUCCAUUUCAAAUAAAGGAAGAUUAUUCCCAGUUUGAUCAAGGCGACUGAGGGGGAGGGGGGUUUAGUUUAUGGAGAGCCAGGAAUCUAACCAACUUGAAGAUCUUGAUUUACCCUUUUUGCUUUUAGCCAGCUGCAACCUAUUGCAACUAUUCUCUUCAGAUAUUGGUAAAUAAAAUUGUAUGGUUCUUCCUA